AAUAACUUCAUAUUCUCUCAAUUCCAGAGGCUGUCACUGCACCUGGCGGUGGUGCUGCUGGCGCUGCACCAGACAUGCGCCGAACCCGACAUCUCCAGCUUCCCCAACCAGAACUACGCCGUCUUCGGCGCGCCCAUCCGCGCCGACCUCGACGAGGACGGCUACUUCUACCCCAAGCCCAAGAUACCCUUCCCUCAGCCGCAGAACCAGAAUAAUGUUUACGUGCCGCAGCCGACACAAGGAUAUGUUUAUGAAAGGCCAAACAUACCUUUCAACCCGCCGACUAGGCCUCCACCGCCGCCGCCGACCAGACCUCCGCCGCCACCGACUAGACAAACUCUACCGCCGACUAGACCGCCGCCGCCGCCGCAACCAACGCAAGGCUACGUUUACGAGCGGCCUAAUAUACCUUUCAACCCACCAACCAGACCUCCCCCUCCACCCCCACCACCACCUACAAGACCACCACCACCCCCCACUUACUCCACCCAACUCCCUGUCUCAAGAACCACUGGAUAUAAUUACCCUAAACCGAGCAUUCCAUUCACUUUCCCAACACCACCAACUACUGCUCGUACACCCCCUCCAUCUACUUAUUUACCCCCUAUUACAACUACUAGGAGACCACCCCCUCCAUCUACCUACCUACCCCCAGCCCUCAAACCCCUUCACAUACCCCACCAGACCACCAGUGUAUAUCCCACCUUCUACAACCAGAGCUCCUCAAAUUUAUUUACCGCCGUCAACCACGGCACCCCCAGUAUACCUUCCCCCAUCUACUACAAGACCUCCAUACAUCCCACCGUCAACAAGGCCACCCGUUUACAUUCCGCCUCCAACAACCAGAGCUCCCCCAAUCUACUUACCCCCUUCAACUACUAGAGCUCCCCCAAUCUAUUUACCCCCAUCUACCACCAGGGCGCCUCCAGUAUACAUACCCCCGUCUACUACACGGGCACCCCCAAUCUACAUUCCGCCUUCCACGACCAGAGCUCCCCCAAUCUAUUUACCCCCAUCG